AUGUUCCUAUCGCGUGAGCAAAAGCUUCAGAAUGUCCUUUCGGCGUUGGACGCCGCCGUUGGACGUGUUCACGGCAAUGAUACUGACAAGGCGCUCUUGCAUGCUUCUGAAAAUGUGAGAGUUGCUGUUAGAAGGUUAAAAACACAACGUGAAACACCUGUAAGAGGAGAAAACACGUUGAACGAAAUCCUCAAGUCUCAUUCGCACAGAGUGAUCUCCGUGAAAAAAAGCACAAUUGGAUGUGAGGAGAAUAAUACGGACCCGGGAGAUGUUGUUCGCACGAUAGCGAAGGAGCGCCUUGAAAACUACGACAACCCAAUUCCGCCAGGUUCAGCAGAGCAUAAGAGAGUUUCGAAGAUUCGCACGAAUACAGCGGUCAAGUUAUUGAGUACAGAGUUUAAUUCCAUCAAGAAAUUUUCAACUCAUAAUGGAAAUCCAAUUUCUAAUAUCGUGAGAAAAGUGGCGAGAAAAAUGAGUGGAGGCUGUGCCACACCGAUGGAAGUCAACGGCAGGACCCCGGUGACAACGGGGGGCGCGAGACGGACAUUCACAGGCCGAUCUGACAACGGUAGAGGAAGUCAGCAACGUCCGCGAUUCGAUUCCAACGUUGGCAACGGAAACGUUGGCAACGGAAAUGUUGGCAACGGAAACGUUGGCAACGGAAACGUUGGCAACGGAAACGUUGGCAACGGAAACGGAGGGAACGGAAACGGAGGGAACGGAAACGGAGGGAACGGGAACGGAGGGAACGGAAACGAAGUCAGCGACGAGGAUGAAGACAACGAGGACGAACCAGACUUAGAGCCGGAAGACUUCAGAGAUAUCGAAGACGCUUGGCUCGAAUCGGCGACUACCAUCGAGAAUGCCAAGAAAGAGAAAAACAAUCAAAAGAAGAUGAAAGCUGAUUUCGUGCGGAUCGAGUUGAAUUCUACGAGUGGCAUGUUGGCUGGUGUGGGGUAUUUUGAUCGAGCCGAUACAUCUCUUCCGACUACAUUGAAAAAGGAGAGUUUCGACCCGGUCCCGUGCAUCAUGGGUGGGGAUUCUCUCACGUGGUCGCUUCCUUCGAAUUUGACAGCGGAACUCACAUCGAGCGCGUUUUGCGAUAUUUUAAAUGCAGAGGAACGGAUCGCAAUACAACAAGAUAGAAGCGAAAAUGAGAAGAUUUUACGCAUCUCCGCUGCGAUUGACCGUAUGAAUGCUGAGGAUAAAAAAUCAAAUUUUUUGAAGUUGCUCUUGAAAAAAGAAAACGACGUCUGGAGUUUGGGAACGCGCCAAGCACCAGACGUGACGGAUGGUGAUCUGAAGAAAUACACGUGCUCGGAGAAUGUGCAUUUGACGAAAACUGUGGUCGGCAUGAACGAUCUCGAACACGGCGCGCUCAUCGAUUUGUGUGGGUUUGGUGCUUUUAGAAAUUACAGUUUGAAGGAUGCCGUGUUGGGGACUUUCGUUGUUCGAGGUUUCGAAAAGAUUUCGAGGGAGAACGAAACGAACCGAGCGAAAAUUAUAGUGGAGGACGACACGUUUCACUUUUGGAUGUCCGAAGGUGCGCACGGCGGAAUCAGUUUCUUGAAACAUUUUAAAGACGCUGAAUGGGAUAUUAUGAAGAUUCAUCCGGACGCGUUCGAGAAAAUCGAGUUCCUGGGACAAGACGAAAAGCUCGUAUCUGCAAAAGAAAUGAUCCUGAGCGGAUUUCGUUCGGCGAAAAGAUACAUGCAAUCGUGGCAAGGCUUGUAUUACUGCUACCGCAAAAAUGCAAACAGAGAAGUUGAAGUUCGAUGGUUGUUCAAUAUCAUAUCUCUCUGUCGUUUGGGACACUUGGAAUUAUGGCUAUUAUGGGAUUACCGGCGUUUGUUAGCUAUGAUUAAUGUCGUUCGUUUCUUGAGAGGAAAACGCGUGUACGCGUUCAACAGCAAUCCUCUCAAAGACGCGCUCGAUGAGAGAAUGAAUGGCAGAAUUUUUCGCAAGUUUCUCAAGCCGAGCGUGUGGCCUAUUAACGACAGCGUUCCAGUCGCCGGAGAUCGCGUCGUUCCAUGA